CACGCAUAUUCCUUAUCGGCAGCUCUAUAUUAACCCCUCUCUUUCUUCUCUUCACAAUAUUAUAUUAUCUCUGUAUUUUCGCUAUUUUUCUUUUCAACAUCCAUAUUUCACCAUCUCAUUUCUGCCUUCUAAAUCAAUAAAAGUAAGUUGCUCAGUUUUUCACUCUUCAGUUCAACACUAUAAAUUAUCUAAUGUGUGAAAUAUCUCAUGAAAAAAAUGUAUUUUUGACAUGCAACAAAAUGAACCGAAGCUUUAGGAUUAGAGCCAAGUUGAAGACUCAUUAACAAUGGUGGCCUCUGAGAAUGACUCGAAGCAUACAAACCAAGCGAGGAGAAUGCAAGAGUCGGCUGAUCCACCAUUUGAGACAACAUACAAGAGACUAUUGGAGAAGGUGAUGUCGGCACCAGAAGUUUCGGGCGUGGGGGAAUGCGAGCUUCCGAUGAUCGAUCUAAACGAGCUGAAGAUGGGGGAGUUGUCGAAGCGGGCAUGCAAGAAGAAGAUCGCCCUAGCUUCGCAGGAGUGGGGUUUUUUCCAGGUGAUAAAUCAUGGGAUUUGUGGAGAGGUUCUAGAGAAGAUGAGGGAGGAACAAGCCAAGCUCUUCGCUAAACCCUUCUCCGACAAGGCGGCGUACAACUUCUCGUCGGGGAGCUACCGGUGGGGGACGCCAUCCGCCACCUGCCUCGCCCAGCUCUCCUGGUCCGAGGCUUUUCAUGUCUCCGUCAGCGACCUACUUGCCUCACCCAACACCCACAAUAAUCUCAGCUCAAUAAUGGGGCAGUAUGCGAGGAUGGUGUCUGAAUUAUCACAGAAAUUGGUGGACAUAUUGGCAUCAGAAUUGGGGCAGAAAUCAGAUUUCUUCAAAGAGAACUGUGUGGAGAGCACAUGUUACCUAAGAUUAAACAGAUACCCAGCCUGCCCUAUUCUCCCACAAAUGUUUGGCAUAAUGCCACACACUGACAGUGACUUCGUCACAGUGUUGCACCAAGACCAAAUCGGUGGACUCCAGCUUGUCAAAGAUGGCACCUGGUUUGCUGUUAAACCUAAUCCUCAAGCCCUUGUUAUCAACAUUGGUGAUUUGUUUCAGGCGUGGAGUAAUAACGUGUACAAAAGCGUGGAGCAUAGGGUAGUGGCAAACCCUGUAUAUGAAAGGUUCUCAACGGCAUACUUCUUCUGCCCAUCAUACGACACCGUUAUAGCAAGUGGGAUUGACACUUGUGUUUAUAGAAGCUUUACCUUUGGAGAAUACAGAAAACAAGUCCAACAAGAUGUCAAGUUUUUUGGCCACAAAAUUGGACUUCCCAGAUUUCUUCUACAAACUCACUAGAUCGUAUAUUAUAAGAUGACUGCGAAAUGCCCACCGUUGGAGGCGCAGACAGUACCAAUGGCAAGUGUCGGAUCCAAAACUUAAUUAUGGAGGCGGCCGAAUAAAAUUAAACGCAAUACUCACAUGGUUCCAGAAUUGUAAAGGCAUGCACCUCGAGCACUUGUACGACACGUUUAAGCACAAGUACGAUGCUGUUUUUAGUGAUAAACACAAGUUGCAACUGUAUUUAGAUAUAACAAAAUUUGCAAAAUAGUUUAAGAUUAUAGCAUGGAAUGUCAAUUAUAGCACUUGGGUAGC